AUGGCGAACGCAAAUCCAGAAUCCACAACCCAGACGACGGAUCUGGAGCUUAAGAAGGUAUUCGACCAAUUCGAUUCAAACGGCGACGGAAAAAUCUCUGUUUCUGAGCUCAACAACGUUUUCAAAUCGAUGGGUACGUCGUACACGGAGGCGGAAUUAAACCGUGUAUUGGACGAGAUCGACAUAGAUCGCGACGGUUACAUUAACCUCGACGAGUUUUCAGCGAUCUGUAAAUCAUCUUCCUCCGCCGCAGAGAUCCGUGAAGCUUUCGAUCUAUACGAUCAGAACGGAAACGGAUUGAUUUCGUCUUCUGAGAUCCAUAAAGUACUCAAUCGUCUCGGUAUGACUUGCUCCGUUGAAGAUUGUGUGAGGAUGAUCGGGCAUGUUGAUUCCGAUGGCGAUGGGAAUGUGAAUUUCGAGGAGUUUCAGAAGAUGAUGUCGUCGCCGGAACUUCUUAAGAAUCAAGGAUCCGCCGCGAACGCAGGUUCCGGUUAG